CAAUAUGGAAUUCUCCCGUCCACCGCUAGUGCAUGUGAAGGGUGUCCCACUCAUCAAAUACUUUGCAGAGACAAUUGGGCCAUUGCAGAACUUCACAGCCUGGCCUGAUGACUUGCUGAUCAGCACAUACCCAAAGUCUGGUACUACCUGGAUGAGUGAGAUCCUGGAUAUGAUCUAUCAGGAUGGCAAGCUAGAGAAGUGUGGCCGUGCCCCCAUCUAUGCCCGGGUACCCUUCCUUGAGUUCAAAUGUCCAGGGGUUCCCUCAGGUCUUGAAACUUUGGAAAAGACACCAGCCCCACGGCUCCUUAAGACACAUCUGCCCCUGUCCUUGCUCCCUCAGAGUCUGCUGGAUCAGAAGGUCAAGGUGAUCUACAUUGCCCGAAAUGCAAAGGAUGUGGUUGUCUCCUAUUAUAACUUCUACAACAUGGCCAAGCUGCACCCUGAUCCAGGCACCUGGGACAGCUUCUUGGAGAACUUCAUGGAUGGGAAAGUGUCCUAUGGGUCGUGGUACCAGCACGUGAAGGAGUGGUGGGAGCUGAGACACACUCACCCUGUUCUCUAUCUCUUCUAUGAAGACAUAAAGGAGAACCCCAAAAGGGAGAUCAAGAAGAUUCUAGAGUUUUUAGGGCGCUCUCUACCCGAGGAGACUGUGGAUUCCAUUGUUCACUACACAUCUUUCAAGAAAAUGAAAGAGAACUGCAUGACUAACUACACAACCAUCCCCACUGAGAUUAUGGACCACAAUGUUUCUCCCUUCAUGAGGAAAGGUACUAUUGGGGACUGGAAAAAUACCUUCACUGUAGCCCAGAAUGAGCGCUUUGAUGCCCACUAUGCUAAGACAAUGACAGAUUGUGACUUUAAGUUUCGUUGUGAACUAUAAGUGGAUUAUGGCUAUACUGGGAACCAAGGCAAACUGACACAGCCCAUCAUGAUCUCAAGUAAGAUGUGAUGUGUUCAAUCUACUUGUUGUAUGCCUAGAGGAAAUCUGAGCUAAGAGAAUAGGAUUGGGGAUGCGGCUGAGGCAGAGGGUUUUAUCAACGCAUGUCAGGAAAGCAAUCAGUCCUAACACCUAAAAAGAACCUAAAGUACAAACAUGCAAAAAUAGUAAGAUAAACUAUAUUUUACCUGAAAGAAUAAAUGCCACUGGGAAAUGA